AGGCUGGCUGGGGGUGGGGUGGGGGAGGCCUGAGAGCCUGAGGUGAGGCUUCAAUCCACAUUCACCCGUGGCAGGAAAAUGAGCUUGUCACUUUCCGUCUGCAUCAGACCCUGAACCCACAGGAGCAGGGGAUUUCGGUAGCAUUUUAAUUCUGUAUCUCAGGAAUCUGAAAGCAAAAGUUGGUGGAAGGCCAGGCCAGCUGCGCACAGCUAGCAAAACCGUCCAGAAGGGAGGCAGGAGCGAGGCCUCCCGGCCACCCGCUCCUCACCUCCAGGGACUUCCAGGGUCUCCCCCCACCCCUGUCACCCCGCCCGCCACCUCCUGCUGGCCCCGAAGGAGUCACGUGGCGGCGUGGGGUCCGCCUCCGGUGACGUCACCGCGCUCGCAGUCGUUGCGCUGAAGAAAGGAUGCUCUAAGAUGCUGUGCAGGUGGGCGGCCGGGCUGCGCCAUGCGGCACUGCAGGUUUUCUCUCCCAGUUGUAACUAGCAUGGUCAAUACAGGAGCGAUGAGUGGUUCUGGAAACCUGAUGGAUUUCCUAGAUGAACCGUUCCCCGACGUGGGGACCUAUGAGGACUUCCACACCAUCGACUGGCUGAGGGAAAAGUCACGUGACACGGACAGACACAGAAAGAUAACCAGCAAAAGCAAGGAGUCCAUAUGGGAGUUCAUCAAGGGCCUGCUGGAUGCCUGGUCGGGAUGGGUGGUGAUGUUGCUCAUUGGCCUGCUGGCAGGCACCUUGGCUGGGGUCAUAGAUCUUGCCGUCGACUGGAUGACCGACUUGAAAGAGGGGGUCUGCCUGUCUGCCUUCUGGUACAGCCACGAGCAGUGCUGCUGGACUUCCAACGAGACCACUUUUGAGGACAGGGACAAGUGUCCCCUGUGGCAGAAAUGGUCGGAGUUGCUGGUGAAUCAGUCAGAGGGUGCCAGUGCUUACAUUCUGAAUUACCUAAUGUACAUCCUGUGGGCCUUGCUGUUUGCGUUUUUGGCCGUCUCCCUGGUGCGUGUAUUUGCCCCCUACGCCUGUGGUUCUGGUAUACCAGAGAUAAAGACCAUUCUGAGCGGCUUUAUCAUCAGGGGCUAUUUGGGCAAGUGGACCCUGCUAAUCAAGACUGUGACCCUCGUGCUGGUAGUGUCCUCGGGCCUGAGCCUUGGGAAAGAGGGGCCGCUGGUGCACGUAGCUUGUUGCUGUGGCAACUUCUUCAGCAGCCUCUUCUCCAAGUACAGCAAGAAUGAAGGCAAGAGGCGUGAGGUGCUGUCAGCUGCAGCAGCUGCUGGUGUCUCCGUUGCCUUUGGUGCUCCUAUCGGGGGUGUGCUUUUCAGUCUAGAAGAGGUCAGUUACUACUUUCCCUUGAAGACCUUGUGGAGGUCCUUUUUUGCAGCCCUGGUGGCGGCUUUCACGCUGCGAUCCAUCAAUCCCUUUGGGAACAGCCGCCUUGUUCUCUUUUACGUGGAAUAUCACACACCCUGGUACAUGGCCGAGCUCUUCCCCUUCAUCCUGCUAGGGGUCUUUGGGGGCUUGUGGGGAACCCUCUUCAUCCGCUGCAACAUCGCCUGGUGCAGGAGGCGCAAAACCACCAAGCUGGGCAAGUACCCGGUGCUGGAGGUCAUCGUGGUGACCGCCAUCACGGCCAUCAUCGCCUACCCCAAUCCCUACACACGCCGGAGCACGAGCGAGCUCAUUUCCGAGCUGUUCAAUGACUGUGGGGCCCUUGAGUCCUCCCAGCUCUGUGACUACAUCAACGACCCCAAUAUGACCCGGCCUGUGGAUGACAUCCCUGACCGGCCGGCUGGGUUUGGGGUGUACACGGCCAUGUGGCAGCUGGCCCUGGCGCUCAUCUUCAAGAUCGUCAUUACCAUAUUUACCUUUGGCAUGAAGAUCCCGUCCGGCCUCUUUAUCCCUAGUAUGGCUGUGGGAGCGAUGGCCGGCAGGAUGGUGGGCAUCGGCGUGGAGCAGCUGGCUUACCAUCACCAUGACUGGAUCAUCUUCAGGAACUGGUGCAGGCCUGGAGCAGACUGUGUCACCCCAGGACUUUAUGCAAUGGUGGGAGCUGCGGCCUGCCUAGGUGGAGUUACCAGGAUGACGGUGUCGUUGGUGGUCAUCAUGUUUGAAUUAACAGGUGGUCUAGAGUACAUCGUGCCCCUGAUGGCGGCAGCCGUGACCAGCAAGUGGGUGGCCGAUGCCUUUGGGAAAGAAGGCAUCUACGAGGCUCACAUCCACUUGAACGGGUAUCCAUUUCUGGACGUAAAGGAUGAGUUCACCCACCGCACGCUGGCCACUGACGUCAUGCGGCCGCGGCGGGGAGAGCCGCCGCUGUCUGUGCUCACGCAGGACAGCAUGACGGUCGAGGAUGUGGAGACACUCAUCAAGGAGACCGACUACAAUGGCUUCCCCGUGGUGGUCUCCAGGGACUCUGAGCGCCUCAUUGGAUUUGCACAGAGGAGGGAACUGAUUCUUGCAAUAAAGAAUGCCAGACAGAGGCAGGAGGGCAUCGUGAGCAAUUCCAUCAUGUACUUCACGGAGGAGCCCCCCGAGCUGCCGGCCAACAGCCCUCAACCCCUGAAGCUGCGGCGUGUCCUGAACCUCAGCCCUUUCACGGUCACAGAUCACACCCCCAUGGAGACGGUGGUGGACAUCUUCCGGAAACUGGGGCUCCGGCAGUGCCUGGUGACGCGGAGUGGGAGACUUCUUGGCAUCAUCACAAAAAAGGAUGUUCUGAGACAUAUGGCCCAGAUGGCAAACCAGGACCCUGAAUCCAUCAUGUUUAAUUAGAAACAAGAUGGCACUUAUUUUGAGAAAAACAACAGCUAUGUCAUUUUAAAAAAAAUAAACAAGUGAUAUGUUAUUAUCCUAAUGUGCUGGGGGCAACAGAAACAAAAGCUUUGUUUGAAAGGAAGGAAAGAUGAAACCUUUUUAAAAAAGAAUACAUCAAUGAGUAGGCAUUUUAUAGCUUUAACCCCUUAUGAGUUUCAAGCUGUGUUUCUUAAUGAGUUUACUAACUGCUAUGGGGGCAUGUGGGUGGGUGUAAACGAUGUGGUUUGUAAAAGGACAUAGAACACAAAUGCUGAAUCAAGAAAUGUUUGCCCUUCUAUUCAAGGCUGAUGUUUGUGAAGCUUUGAGUCCUAAGGGAUAUUGGCAUGUCAGCGUCCUUAUUUAUUGGUUCCUGAAGUUUUGCUGCUAUGUUACUGAAUCAGACUAAAGGUAUUUGCACGCACUUUCUUGGAAAAGAAAAAGAAAUUAAUUUGAAUAUAGUGAAAGCUGCAAGUAUGCUGGUGGGUUCACUCAUGACCAUCCCAUUUCUUGCUCAUGUUCUCAGUCUAUUAUUUUGCUUGUCCAUCAGUUUCUAAACCAACAUCAGGCUCGCCUGCUCUGAUGGGCAUGAAGAAAUCACUUCUCUAUGCAAGACCAGCAUCUUGGGACUGCCUGACGAACUAUUGGAGAACUUAGUGCUGUACUGUAUUUCCUCCCCUACAAAGGGAUUCAUCUGUAUUGUUAGAGUAUGCUCACCCAAUCAUUGAUUUACAUCCCUAUUGCCUGUGCUUCAUUUAUUUCUUGGCGUUGCCUGUGCAUUCUUAAAUAUUGAUCAGUCCAACACUUUCUAUGGGCCAUAUCCUCCAUGCUGCCAGCUUGCCAUAAGUUCCGAAUAGCAUAUACAAGAGUCAAAAUACUUUACCCAGUGUUACUACUUAUUUUUCCUCUCAGGUCUUAUUAAAUAUGGCUGCAGAGAGGGUGAGGCAUACGAGUUCUCAGUGGGAACUCCUCCAAAUGGAUUGCAAGAGAAAUACUAAAUUGAUUCUAAAUCUGUUCCAUUCUCUUCUCUGUAGGAUGCAAAAUGCCCAGCUGUAAUGUGUAAGCAUGCACUUUCAUACCAGCAAUCAGAGCACAGAAGGACAGAGUUAAAUUUUAGACAGUCAAUUUGAGCAUUGAGCGUCUUUAUGUUGAACCUAAUGAUGCAUUUCUUAUUUUAGUCAGGACUUCUGUGUUUUCUGGGGGAAGGAAUUAAGCUGGGUUUUUUUCGGUCCACAGUCAUCUGCGUACGAGUUGUCCUUUGUGCCCUUUCUCUUUCAUCUUUGUCCUUUCUUUUUCACUGCAUUGUUCUCUUCACCCUUCUCCAUCUCUUCAUUGGAUGUUGAUGUAUCAGGUAUGCAUUUGGCUGCAAAUCAUAGAAAACCCAAGGAACAGUGAUAGGCUGAACAGAAAUCUGGGGCUGGGCACUCAAGCCUAUCUCCAUGUCAUCAUGAGUCUACACUUUUUGGUCUUUCUUUCACCAUCCUUUCUCCUUUGGCUUCCUGCCUCAUAGUCACAAGAUGGUUACUGAAUUGCCAGGUAUGAUGUCUGCUUUCUAAGCAGGAAGAGGCAAAUAACAGGGGCAGUGAUAACAUCGAAAAGCAAAGCUCUCCCAGAGACGCCCGCUUUCCCCCGUUGGCUAGAAUUCUGUCACAUGGCUCCCCGAGCUGCAUGUGAGUCCGGGAGGACUGUGCUUGGCAUGGUGUAUUACCCUCUGAACAAGAUUUCGAUUCUCUUAAUAAGGAAGUGGGGAUUGGUCCUUGGAAGGGGAGUGUUGUCUGCUGUAUUGGAUGCCAUCAUUGUGUCCCUGUCAUUGUCUUUCCUGUCUUCUUUCCUCUUUCUUGCUGAAACCCUUUGAACACUCUCUUCUAACCUUAGAGUACACCACUUCUCUCUCAGAUUUGACAGAGAGCUCCCAAUCAGAAUCCAUCACUUCUUAUCCUAAUAAAACUGUUCAUUUUGGAUAUAAAUCUAGCUACAAGAGGGUUUCUGUGAAAACUUCUAAUUGAUGUAAGAGAAUAGACUGAUAUGUUCUCUGGAUUAAAAAAAAAAGUUUCAGUCAGAUCAUGCUGACAAACUAUGGACAAUUUGUUUCUGUAAUUUGUCCCCUCCAAAAUAAUAUCAGAUAGCCGCUUUAGCAUGGAAACAUCGGUCACUAGUAGAGAAUUCAGGCUUUGGGCCUACAAUAGAAUGAAACUUGUUGUCUCCUUUGCAGCACGUAGAUACUGAGUAACAGAUCCUAAUAUUAGUGUUGUUAAUUGGGUUUCCAUGGGACAUAUGCAAGUGAAGCUGGUUUCUCCUGUACUUUAAAUCCUGAAAAAAUCUUAAGGAUUGCUUCAUGUAGUUCCCCUUUUAUUCCCACAUGGCCUCCGAAAAGAGUAUUAGUCAUAGCCUGGAUUUAGACAAUCCAGGAUGCCCUUUUAGCUGAACAAGGAGCUUCAGAAGGGAACACGAAACAGUGAACAGUAGCCAAAGGACAAUGCCAUCACAGAAUUUCCUCCUCCAGCUGAGGCCAUGGAAGGAUGAGGGGAUAGUUCACGCUGGGCCAAGGUCACCAAGGGCAGUUGUGUCUUUCUCCCCAAUGCUUAGCGUCAGUGAAUUCACAGGAAACGGUUGGGAGUGUUACUUGACUUAAAUAACCUAAUCUUGUUUUCCUUCACAAGUUGAACCUCUAAUUUGUUGUGGGGUUCAGACUCUCCCCAACUGAAGGCCAGGGUCAGACAGGCAGGUUAAGGUCAAGGAUGGGGGAGUUUGCAAUGGGGACAACUAGAGCCAAUUGCCUUCCUCCUCUGGAGCCCUAACUCAGCCCUGUGGUCCACUCAGCCAUUGGCCGAGCUCCAUGGGGAACAUGCCGCCGAGCUCUUGGUCACUCUUUCUUGUAAAAGUACGUGGGUAGGGAUUCUGAAGGCAUUUGCUGUGUCCAAAUGGGGAACUUCAUCCAUUUUGCCUGGUGAUGGGAUGAGCGAGAUGAAUGGAACUGGGAUGUGGAGGUGAAAUAAACGUUUUCCAGAAUAAUGUUUUUCUUUUCUUUUCCAGAGCCAAAGGCUUUAGUUAGACAUUUGUAGAACUUUCUGAAUCAGUUUUUUAUGUAAAUAAACGUAAAUACAUAAUGGAAAAGGAGUUCUCUAAUGAGGCACAUCAACCUAUUUGUUGCUCUCCCUCUCUGUUACUGAGGCACUGUGUUGUAAAAGGACAGACACUAAAUAAAGAGUGUACUGAAA